GUGUAAACAAAAUUGAAGGGAUUCUCAACGUCAACAUAACCUAAAAUAUUUUGAGUUUAUUUUUAUAAUAAUUCAUUAUUUUUCUUUAAUAUUUAGAGAUUAUAUUACUCAAGAAAUGAAAAAUAUCAGUUAAUACUAUUCAACUUAUAGGUCUUAUUCAAAUUCAAGACUUGAAACAGGUUGACAAUGGUGAAACGUAAACCACCACGGGAAGUUGCCAGCCAGCAAAUCAUUGACGUUGAAACCACUGAGCUGCCAGUCAUUGUAAGUUCAUCUGUAGUAUCAAGUCCAGUUCCACCCGAAGAAGAACCCAAAGAAGAAAAGAAGCUCAUUUUCAAAGAUGCACAGUUCCAACACACUAGCAAGGUGAAUACAAAGAAGAAAGUGUGGCGCUCUCUGAAGCAGAUCAUAGCGCAAGAACGGGCCUUGCCGUGGCCUAGAGACACGCAGCACUACAGUUCCAUUGAAGCGCCACCCUCAUUCAGGCCACCAAAAAAGUAUUCAGACAUAUCCGGCCUACCUGCCAAGUACACCGAUCCUCAAACCAAGCUGUUCUAUGCUUUGGCUGAAGAAUUUGCGACUGUGCGUAGCUUACCAAGUGAUAUCAUUAAUGGAUACCUCACUCUGCGAGGUGCCAACAACCCUAUUGGUUGAUUCAACUUUAUUGAUUUAUUCAAAUCACUCCGAGCAUUCAAAACUUAGGAUGAUAGAAAAAUAAUAUAUAAUUAACUAACUAAGGAGUCCAAUGAUAUCAUUCAGUCACUGUUAAAUUAGUCAGACAUGCCAUAAUUUAAGAUUUGACCAGUUGAAUUUUAUAUAUUGCCAUCAUUUUAUUUCAUUUCAUUCAUUGAUCCAAUUAUCAAAGUCAUAUUAAAAUUAAAGACAAGCGGUUUGAUGGUGAAGAAUUCUGUAGGCAACUGUAUGCUUAUACACUUGUAUGCAUCUCAAUUCAAUAUUAGAUACAGUGUUGUAUAUUGUAUUUGAAUAUGUACCUGGUGGGGAGAGAGAUGUAUAUGUAAUUGAGAUAAAGGAAAGACAAACUAAAACCAGGUUUUCAGGUGGAUGUAAUGAUGAAAUCAAAAAUGACAAUUUACUAUAUAAUUUAUUAAAUUUUAUCAUAUAUUUACAUUAUUUAACAAAAUCAAGAUUACUGGUUCAAAAAGGAAAUACAUUUUUGAAAAAAUAUAUGAAAUUUACUAUAACAAACAAUCAAGAUUUCUGAUUAUAAUAAUCAAUAAUAAGGGCUACUUGCUACAAAUUGAUUGACCUGAUUGUAUUAAUAAAUAUUUGUUGAAGUUUUUGUUUGUAAUUUUGUAAGACUAUAAAAAAAUGUAAACACUGUUCACUAUUUUAUUGUAAUGGACUAAGUUUCGAAGAUUGAUUUGUAUCUUUAGAAAUGGGUUAGAAAUUAAUUAAUCUUUUGUAAUUUUGUGCAUGCCAUUAUUUAAUACUGUAAACUUAGAACACCUAUGACUCAACAUUGUAAGUCAAUUUUUUUACUACUUUUUAUAAUGUAACAUUUUGAAUAAUUAGAAAUAAUCUUCAUAUGAAGAUUCGUCGUUUAUUGCUACAAACAAUCAAGAUUUCUGAUUAUAAUAAUCAAUAAUAAGGGCUACUCGCUUGCUGAUCUGUGGUCGUUCAGGUUUUUUGAAAUAAAAACAAAUUAUUAUU